GCCGAUGCCUUCGCUUCUCCAUCCGUCGCGUCUCUCUGCGCGCCGUGAGCCCGAGCCCGAGUCCACGUCGCUGCCAGUGAGCUUUUGGUCUUCGCGCAUCCCUCAUUGCGCAACAACACGCCAGUCCCCGGUCCGGCGAGCAGAUCGCCUCUGGGCCCUCCACCUCCACCCCUGCUGCAUCCCGUCCAGGAUCACGUUCCGACGGCCUCCACAAUUAUCCUCCUCUGAAGAGACGACACCUCCGCUCCGCCGCUGCGCAAAACAUCUCCAACCCUCCCUCCACCUUCUGCGCCCUUCGCGACUUCGACCACCCGCCAUUGACCCUCCACGCUUCCUGCUACUGUCCGCCUGUCCCCUCGUCGGGCGCCAACGCUUCUCCGUAAUCCUUCCCGUCGCGUCCGCCGCGUCGAUCCGUCCCGGCCCCAUUUCCUCCCGUCCCGCAUAAAUCCCGCACCUACCUACUACUACCAUGUCCGACUCUGAGAAGUGCUUCACCUAUCUCUGCGACAACAUACCCUCCUGGAUCGAGUCUUUGGCACAUGUGAGGAAGAGGAUUGAGGAUAAGCAGGACGAGGUCGAGAAGGUCCCUGUCGUGCAGAAGAUCAGGAAGUCGGGGUCGACGGAGUCUUUGAAGCCUGGAAAGGAGAACUUCCUCGAGCAAGAGACGGGCGACUAUGCCUCACCAAACGCCCUACCAAAUGCCAGCAAUGAAACGUCCGAGAUCCCCAAUCAAGCCACAAGGUUGGCGCAGGCCAACCGGAAACGCAAGACUGCCUCCGUCAUUUCCAAACAGUCGGCUGUUACGAAAUACCGGACGCGGACCAUGAUUGUCGUAUACUACGACAGCGAAGUGCAAAAGGCGUUCGAGAACCUGGUGCGGAACAUUGGCACGGGCAGGAACCUGUUGCGGAAAGGCAAGAUGGCCGCUCGUAUGGAGGCCAUGACGGCCGAGACCGGUCCGGACGACAAUGAGGAUGACGACGACUUUGACCCCGUUCUCUCUAAGAUCGGAUACAGGCCGCGAGUCGGCAUCGGAGCUUUCCGUACGACGCGAGGAAUGGGGGGUCCAGGUGGCCUCGACGGCGGAUCGGAAGCUUUCGAUACCGCAGAUAAGGCAUUGGAGAAUGCGCAAAGCCUCUGUGAGCGUGGCGCACAUCAAGUGCUGCGUGAUGGCGACUGCCGAACGGAAGUUGAUGGCGCGCGCAAGGCAUUCGAGGAAGUUUCUAAGCUAGCCGAACAAGAAGCCGCCAAGCAGAAAGAGAAAGCUGAGAAAGCAGCUGAGAAGGCCAGGCAACGCGAGGAGAGGCGGAAAUCACAACCCGCCGAUCGCAACAGCUCGUCGACCAUGGACACCGACUCGAAGCUCCUUCCAGCAACGGACGACUCGAAGCUAUUCCCAGCAACGGUAUCCAGCGCUCCCAAAAUAGACCACAUCGAGGUUGAUGUGGACGGCAGCGAUGAUGACUUUGUUAUGCCAACUUUGCCACGGCUGCGCCUGACGUCUCGUGUCUAAUGUUCUGCGCCGCGGCGAGAAUGCCGACAUGCUAAGGGUCAGCACAGCUUUCUGUUUUCUGUUGCGUUUUGAGCGGGCCAGUCGCUUUUCUUCGCACGAUAUCCAAUCACCAAUGUUUUUAGGAUAUCCCUCCAUCUGAUCAGGGUGUCCGUCAAAUUUCUAUGGGCGGCGUUAUUUUGUUAUGAGUCUCUUGUCCAUGCAACCUACCUAGUGUUCACUGUUACAAGCCGCAUAAGCAUGUGAUUCACUGUGCUGGUGCGCUCUUUGGUACAUACUUGUAAUCGCUCGUUCGACGAAAUCUGAAGCCUCUUUGAAAUGUUCAAUUGCAGUCGGUAUCGGUCAAUCGGGGUGCAGCUAGAUCUGUAUGGUGCGUAAACGCUUGCUACCUGAAGCUGACUGUCUACGUUUUUCUUGGGUGCCAGUCGUGGCUGCCUUCUUUGGA